AUGCACCCUCUCCUUCUCCUUCCCGCGCUGGUCGCGCAACAAAUCUUGGCAGCCCCAACGCCUGCCCAGCCCGAACACAAAUCGAUUCAGCCAAAGAUCAAAAGCACAACUCUCAUCGCCAACGUAACAGACCCAACCGUGAGCCGCGACUCCUGCGGUUCCGUCCGAAUUGGCGAUAGAGUGCUAUGGACGUGCAGGGACACGCUGAAAUACGACGUGCGGCUAGGCAAGACAACGCUGCCGAUAAUAUCCAACACAGCGAGCUGGACGGAUCUCACACCUGGCGGAGGCCCAGCCUUAAAAAUUGGACCUGUUGGAUCAGGGUCCGAUGGGGUGAGGCCGAUAUUGCGGAUGUAUGGGGACAUUUUCGACGGGGAGGGAUUACUGGAUCCGUUCUUCCCACUGCAGCGGGAUCAGUGUCCGGAGUAUGGGGUUUGUGGGGAUGGGAGUCGAUGGGUUACGUGGCCGGACUCGCCGCCGGUGGUUCUUGAUGCGGAGGCAGAGGUUGCGGUUGGGUUUACUGUUGUUCCGAAUGUGCACCUGGUGAAUUUGACCAAUAUUAAUUCGCAAACGCCUUCGCACGCGCUGUAUAAAUCGACGUAUACCGCUUCGUCCUCGGACCGCAAUGCUCUCCCGACGACCGAGCUGGUGGAUGGAGAGUUUUUCAAAGAAGAUGAAGUCGCUUAUGGCCGCUAUGGUAACUUCGCCAAGGAUGGAUACGCUUACCUCUACGGCCAGACGAAAUCGAAAGGGACCGCGUUGGCCAAAGUCCCUCUCUCCAGUAUUGAAGACCGCAGCACGUACCAAUACUUCUCCUCGAACGCCUGGACUUCCACACCUCCCACCACGCCAUCCACGAUCCCCAACGCCGGCGCUGGCGGGCAGGGCACAUUCUACUACUCCUCCUAUCUGCAAUCACACGUCUGGAUCGGACAACAAGCAGUAUCCGUCUCUGCAGAUUUCUACAUGUCGACCGCCCCAGCGCAUGAAGGACCUUGGUGCGAAGCCGAGAAAAUUUUCUCGGGGGAGAAUGGAGAUAAUGCGAUUGGGGCGUAUAGUCUGCAGGCGCAUCCUAGUCUGUCGAGGGAUGGGGGGAUGAAUGGGAUUCAUGUUAGUUGGACGCAGCAGUGGAGGGAGGAGACGGUGGGGGCGGGGUAUGUUACGCCGCUGGUUUGGGUGGAGUUUGAGUGA